GGCGUUUUUUUAAGCGUUCCCAGCCUGCGUCGACAUAGGAAGUGAUUGUUUGAUUUCUUUUGUUAUUAGUUUUACUCCUUUGAAUCACUUCAGACGAGUUUGUAAUUAUAUCUUUCCAAAACAAGUGUCGAAUAAGGAGGAAAGUGGUUCGUAUAUCCUGCUGGGUUCUCAGCGUCUUUGACGAUGUAUGCCGCCAGAUACGACGGCCACAGUGAUCGCCAUGAGCGGAUCGACUUCCUAACCAGCAAAGAGAAAGCCCAUUCCAAGCGGAAGCUCUGGGCUGUGAUAGGGGUUCUAGUGGCAGUCCUCAUCCUUGCUGCCGUAGCUGCUUUCCUAAUUUGGCUGUUUGUCUUUAAAGAUGCCGAAGAAGCCAGCAUCAGUCAGCACCGUGUUCCUGCAGAGCUGGUCUUCAGUGGUCACAUGAUGCUGCCCGACGUCAAAUACAACGAGAAGCUGGAGGACACCAGCAGCCCCGAAUUUGAAGCCCUGGCAGAAACACUAGAGGCAGUUCUCGGGGAAAAUAUCAAGAAAGAUGAAUUCCUUUCUUCAUACUACACUAAGUCUGUGGUCACAGCAUUCAGUGAGGGCGUGAUAGCUUACUAUUGGUCCCAGUUUGACGUCCCAGUGGAGGACCUUGAGUUCGUGCCAGAGCUGUCUGAGGAGCUGGUGUUGAAGACCUUGGAAAAUGGAAUAAAAGAUCAGCAAAGCCGCAGGACCAAUGGCCAGAUCAAGAUCAGUGAAAUCACAGCCACAUUCACUGACCCUCGCAUGGCCAGGAACCCCCGAGCCAGGGAAUGUUUCUUCCGACUGGAGGCUGAAGGAAAGGAAUCUGAGUUUUCAUCUCCGGGCUACCCCAGCGGCUACCCCCCGAGGUCUCGCUGUCAGUGGCAAAUCAGAGCUUCUGCAACAAACGCCAUUUCCAUCACUUUCCCUUUCUUCCACGUGGAGGACGACUGCUCUGAUGACUUUGUGGCCAUUUAUGAUUCUUUAAGUCCAGAUGACUCGCAGGCUAUCACAGAGAAGUGCGGUCAAAGGCCCCCCUCGAACCCUCUGGAGGUGGUGUCUUCUGGUAACAUCAUGCUGAUAAACCUGAUUACAGACAGUGAGGUCCAGCGACCUGGCUUUCAGGCAGUGUACAAAGCCAUCCCCAAGUCUGAGGUGAAGACCUGUGGUGGCAUCCUCUCUGCAAGCACAGGAGUCUUCACCUCUCCUCUCCAUCCCAGCUUCUACCCUCCUGCUGUGGACUGCAAGUGGACCAUUAAGGUCCCGGCUGGGAAAAAGGUGCGUUUGAGGUUCAACAUGUUCCGCAUGAAAGAGCCAGGGGUGGACGUCCGUGUGUGUCACAAAGAUUAUGUACAGAUUAUGGACGACAAAUAUUGUGGCGAGCUGUCUUCAUUGGCUCUGACUAGCACCUCCAAUGUUCUGGAAGUGACCUUCCACUCUGAUGAGUCCUACACUGACAAAGGCUUCAGUGCAGAAUACAGUGCCUACGAUCCUGGAAACCCUUGCCCCAACAUGUUUGCCUGUGCUUCUGGCAUUUGCAUCUCCAAAGAACUGAAGUGUGAUGGCUGGAACGACUGUGGCGACAUGAGCGACGAAAUGAAGUGCAAGUGCAACGUGGACCAGUUUAGUUGUCGGAAUGGUUUGUGCAAACCCAAGCUCUGGGUCUGUGAUCGCGUUAACGACUGUGGAGACAACAGCGAUGAGGAAAGUUGCAGUUGUGAGGAGAACGAGUGGCGCUGUGGGAAUGGCGUGUGUCUGCCUCAGGAUGUUGUGUGCGACACAAAGAUAGACUGCGAGGAUGGCAGUGACGAGGCCUUGUGUAAAACCUCUCCGGGUAUCUGCUCCGACUUCAGCUUCAAGUGUAAGAACGGCGACUGUGUCAACAAGGUCAACGCCGAAUGUGACCGCGUCAACGACUGCUCAGAUAAUUCGGACGAGGCCAGCUGCAAUUGUGGCACCAGACCUUACAAACUGAAUCGGAUUGUUGGAGGUCAGAAUGCUGAGCUCGGGGAAUGGCCCUGGCAGGUCAGCCUGCACUUCCAGACCUCAGGUCACGUUUGUGGGGCCUCCAUCCUCUCCAAGAAGUGGAUCCUUUCAGCUGCUCACUGCUUUGUCACCCACGACCGCGCGAAUCACGUUGCAGCCAAUUGGCAAACGUACAGCGGCAUGCAGGACCAGUACAGGCAAGAUGGAGUCCAGCGCCGUGCUGUGAAGAGGAUCAUCAGCCACCCAGAUUACAACCAGAUGACCUUUGACUAUGACAUCGCUCUGCUGGAGCUCAGCGAGCCUCUGGAAUUGUCUAAUACCGUCCAACCCAUCUGCCUACCCGCUUCCUCCCACGUCUUCCCUGCAGGCAUGUCCUGCUGGGUCACGGGUUGGGGCGCGCUCCGAGAAGGAGGUCAAGCGGCACAGCUCCUGCAGAAAGCAUCGGUGAAAAUCAUCAACGACUCUGUGUGUAACGUCGUCACUGAGGGCCAGGUCACCUCGCGGAUGCUCUGCAGUGGCUUCUUGGCUGGAGGAGUUGAUGCAUGCCAGGGAGACUCAGGAGGCCCCCUGGUGUGUUUUGAGGAGAGUGGGAAGUGGUUCCAGGCUGGGAUUGUGAGCUGGGGCGAGGGCUGCGCUCGUCGCAACAAGCCUGGUGUCUACUCUCGCGUCACCAAGCUGAGAGAAUGGAUCCGAAAAGAGACAGGUAUUUGAUGAUGUGAGGAAGUGGGGGAGGAGGAAUGGCGAGCCAGAAGAAAGUUGGGCGAAAGGAUGAAGAGUUCCCGUCUGUAUUCUUUUAGCAAUAGACUGACAAGACAUUGAAUGGACCCAGACACUCACAUGAAUGUCUCCAAGCACUUUAUUUUGGUUCUUUUUCCACCUCCCACUCCAACUAUGACACACACUGGAUCACAUUUUGUAUAGCAAUCAACAUCAGUGUCUCAUCACAACCCCUCAUCUCAUCAUCACGUUUACUGAUUAAAAAAAACAAACAAUAACAUAAAUAAAUACAUAUAGUAUGUGUGUGUGUGUAUAUAUCCUCAAAUUCUGAAGAUAUAAUGAUGAGGAAGCAUGUAUUUUUCCACUAUUUGUCUACAGACAAAAAUAGUGCACCAUUAUUGAGGUUUUUGGACCGCUUCAGGCUCUUGUAGAUGGUAUUUUCUCAUUUGGGGUUUUAUGUAUGAAAUCAUAAUGCUUUUUUAUCGCUUUCACAAGACUGUAAAGAGACAUCUAAUUAGUUUUUAUAAGGUUUUAACAAUGAAAACAAUUCUUUUUAAACAUAUCAUACAGCCAUCAUACAGUUUUUUAUCAGCUUCUUUCAAGUUAACUUUGUGAUAAACUAAAAUUGGAAAAUGUACGCUAAAGAAGUACAGGAGAAAAAAGGUCCACACAAUUCCUACGAUUCUGGAGAGGCAUUUUUAUAUCGUGUCAAUGAAUCAAAGUUUUGCAGUCCCGUUCCUUCAAAAACACGCAAUAGUCUUCUCUGAGCAAUGAUGAACCGCAAUACUCAUCGCCCACUUUGCAAAAAAGGAGGAGACCAUCAAGAUGCUUGGGACAACUCCAUUGUUUCACUGUGAGACCAAUGAGAACAUUGUGGAUCAGUUACCAGUUGUGUGAGGCUUGUUGCUAGGAACCCACAAAAGUAAUUUGCUUUUUACCUGUCAUCACUGUGUUUUGAUGGAAAUAUUACUGUAGCAAACCAAAGAUUUGAAUAAGUAUUAUUUAUUUUAAGGGGGUGGGGGGGAUAUUUGGAAUGAUAAAUGAAUUAAAAAAAAUAUAUAUAUUCCUACCAAAUAAAGACAUGUUUUUUACUGUACACAAUGGGACAGUGAUUUGAAUUGCGGGCACAUUUGUUUUGUUUUUGUAUAUUCUAUAUGAAAGAGUAAUGCCAAUAAACAGCUUUGAUUGGA